AAACCAAAGUGGACAAUGACCAUGAAAAGAACUAUACCUCCUUCAUUGCACCACUCUUCCUCCUUUCUUAGUACCUAAGUAUUCCAUCAGCACCUUCAUAAGCCUCUUGCACAGCAUCAAACACUCAUAAUUCAAUCUGUGCUUUUGGAUGUAGAUCCAGCUAGGGUUCAUAGAGAGAUUGACAAAACCAAGAUGUCUACGGAUUGGGGACCGGUGAUCGUCUCGACAGUUCUCUUUAUCCUUCUUUCACCGGGGCUUUUAUUUCAACUUCCGGCAAGGACUAGAGUGGUGGAGUUUGGCAACAUGGGAACCAGUGGCAUAUCCAUUCUUGUUCAUAGCAUUCUCUUCUUUGCUAUCUUAACCAUUCUUCUCAUUGCCAUUGGUAUACAUAUCCAUGCAGCUUGAGUGUAUUUACUUAUGGUGUAUUUCAAAUUGAGGUUUAAGUUUCCCCUUAAACUGUGUUUUUAAGCUUACAUUGGAGUACUCAAUUCUUUCUUUCUUAAUGUUAUGUUUCAUUUUAUUA